CCUCCUCCUCCUCUUUUUCCAUCUCUUUGCUGUCCAAAUCUCCUGAAACCAGCAUCAUGUUGAAGCCUCUGUUCCAGUACAUUGAUCAGAACCAAAACCAUUUUGUCCAGAGGCUGGGGGACUGGGUGGCCAUCCAGAGUGACUCAGGUGACCCGGCCAUGUGGGGACAGAUUGAUCGGCUGCUGAACAUGACAGCAGAGAGGAUCAGAGAGAUGGGGGGCAGCGUGGAGAUGGCAGAUGUAGGAACGCAUCAGCUGCCCAGUGGCCAGACAGUUCCCUUGCCUCCUAUUGUGCUGGCUGCGUUUGUGAGAGACCCGGAGAAAGCCACACUCUGCAUCUACGGCCACGUGGACGUGCAACCAGCCAGGAGGGAGGACGGCUGGAACACGGACCCAUUCACCCUGACUGAGAUCAGUGGCAACCUGUAUGGCAGAGGGACCACAGACAACAAGGGCCCAGUCUUGGCCUGGCUUCAUGCUAUAGAAACCUACAAAGCCACAAAACAGGAGGUUCCUGUGAACGUCAAGCUCAUCAUCGAGGGCAUGGAGGAGGUGGGCUCUCACGGGCUUCUGGAGCUCACCAGGAGGAUGAACGACAGCUUCUUCUCAGACGUGGACUUCAUCGUCAUCUCCGACAACGUGUGGACCUCAAACACUCCGGCCCUGACCUAUGGAACCAGGGGAAGCAGCUACUUCUUAGUGGAGGUAGAUGGCCCCAAACAGGACCUUCAUUCUGGGGUGUUUGGAGGUUCAAUCCAUGAGCCCAUGUCUGAUCUGAUCUCCCUCCUAGGAAGUUUGAUUGACCACACAGGAAAGAUCCUUGUUCCAGGGGUUACUGACGCCGUAGCGCCCCUCAUGGAUGUGGAGAGAAAGCUUUAUGAAAACAUCAACUUCAGCUUGGAGGAGCUGAAAAACACAGCUGGAGUCCAACACUUCCUGCAAAACACAAAAGAGGAGGUACUGAUGGCCCGAUGGCGCUACCCGUCUCUGUCCAUCCACGGGAUCCAAGGAGCAUUCUCCGAGCCCGGCAUCAAGACCGUCAUACCCCGGCGGGUCACCGGCAAGUUCUCCAUCCGCCACGUUCCCGACAUGGUGCCCUCAGACGUGGAGAGGAAGGUGAAGGAGCACUUGGAGCAGGUGUUUGCCAGUCGGAAGAGCCCCAACAUUCUGAGGGUCAUCGCCACUGUAGGGGCCAAACCCUGGGUGGCUGACCUCAAGGAUCCUCAGUACGUGGCUGGACAGAAGGCCAUCCGAGACGUGUUUGGAGUGGAGCCGGAGCUGGUGAGAGAAGGCUCUACCAUUCCCAUUGCGCAGAACUUCCAGGAGGAGACUGGGAAGAGUGUGAUGAUGCUGCCCAUCGGUGCCCAUGACGACGGAGAACACUCUCAGAAUGAGAAGAUCAGCCGGUUCAACUACAUUGAAGGCACCAAGCUGUUUGUGGCCUAUAUUCAUGAGCUCUCACAGCUUAAAGGGCAAAGUUAAAUCUCAAAUUCACCAAAAUGUGGUCAAUGAAGGCUAAAAUGUAACGUGACACUUUUUAUGACUGUAUGAUUUACACAGCUCAAGAUACACAUGUGUGUGAAUACAGUGUUUGUUUUUAAAGCCUGUGCUCAAUAAAAACAAAAAACAAUCAAUGACAUGGAAGUCUACAGGUACACUUGCACUUAUAGCGAUUCAUGUUGUUUAAUUGUAACUUGUUUAACUCCAUGCUCUUAUGUUUCUUCCCUUUGGCACUUAUUUUGGUUGUUCACAAUAUGUGCUUCAUGCUUUGGCUACCCGCCAUGUUUUUGGGGCUAUCUUGUUGUUAUUAUCAGUGACCUAUGCACUUUGUAAAGCUUUCUCUUGGAAGUCACUUUGAAUAAGUGUCUGCUAAAUGAAUACAUGUAAAUGUAAGUAACCCAGAGAUGGAGGGCCCUGUGGCUGGAGAAGGCUUUCUCAUAGGUUGUGGCUGACUGAUACAUCAUAACUGUCUUGUUAGUAUUCUCUUCUGUUAUGCUCACAUUAUCCUUGAAUGUCCCUGAUAAAAUAACUU